AUGUCAUCAAUUCAUCUAGUUAAUCAUGGAAAUGAUGGAUUAUUUCUUAGUUAUACCUAUUUAGGUAUAUGCCUAUUAUGUUUAGGAAUUUGGUGGUGGAUUCAAGCAUUAAGACAACAUUAUUCUAAAACCAAACACAAGCAUCAUAAUGAACAAUCUGCUACAACUGUAUCCAUUGGAUCACGGAGUUGUUGUAAAGACAGUAGGGGAGAAGGUUUAUGUAAAGUAAUUUGUUGUCUGAUUGGUAUUGGUGUAGAAUUGAUCACAUUGAAAUUAGGUCGUCAUCAUGAAUAUGCUCAAUUUCCAUUUUAUACAGCAAUGUUGCUAGUUGGUUUAUUAGAUAUAUUCAUGUCGACAACAAUCAUUGUAUUACCGAAAGGAUUUGAUUCUAUAAUAUAUGCAUUACCAUUCUUUGUACAUACUUAUUGUUUACGUGCUCAAUCCUAUCAACAACCACAUAUUACAGAAACCUGUUGUUUAUUGAUUAGUUAUUGGGGAUUGAUAGUUGGUUGCUGGAUGAUACAUGAAAUGAUGAUGAUGACGUCAAUGAAGGGAGUUGAGUUUGGGGUGAUGGGGGUGUUUAACAACUCCUUAUUAUGGACAUGGAUCAAAUGUUUCAGUGUGAUGAUACAUGGAUCAUGGAUAUGUCAAAGUGGAUUUUUAUUAAAUUCUCCAUUCAAUCAAGCAUGGGAUGAAAGUGAUCAUGAUAAAGUGAUGUUAACUGUUGUGAUAUUUGUAUGGCAUAUGUUUAUUGUUAUGAUUGGACAAUUAUUAUUAUUAAUAGUAAUGGCUAAAUGUUAUGGUGUAUCAUCGGAUUGGACUAAGAUGACGAACUUGUCGAUUAGAGGACACCAUCAUCAUAUAAAUAUGAUAGAGAAUCAUUGCAUCAAUCUAAUCCCAUCAAUCAAUAUGAUAAUAUUGAAUAUACACAAUUACUGA